AUGUCCUCCACUAUCAAGGUCGCAAUUGUCGGAGCAAGUGGCGAAACCGGGCAGUCCAUCGUGGACGGCCUGCUAGGUUCUGACACCAAAUUUCAUGUCAGGGCUCUUGUUCGACCCGAGUCUAUCAGCAAGCCAAUCAACGCUGAUCUUCAAGGCCGGGGGGUUGAAAUAAUCCCGGUGAGCCUGACUGGGCCAGAAGAGAAGCUUGUAGAGGCCCUCUCCGGUAUUGAUAUUGUCAUUUCUGCCAUAUUUUUCGGCAGCCUUGAUCAGGAGAUCCAUCUUGCGAAUGCAGCCAAGGCUGCAGGAGUGAAGCGUUUCGUCCAGUCUGCCUUUAUGGUUGUCAUACCACCAAGGGGCGUUGUGGAUUUCCGUGAAAAGAAAGAGGAGAAUCUGAACCAUAUCCAGAAGAUACGCCUUCCGUACACAUACAUCGACGCCGGGUGGUGGUACCAGAUCACGCUUCCUCGCCUUCCUUCGGGUCGCUUGGACUAUCUUGUUCCAUCCACACAGCCUCAGAAUCCCAUUGGUCUGGAUGGAAACAUCCCAAGUGCCCUGGCAGAUAUUAAAGAUGUGGGACGUUAUGUUGCGAGGAUUAUCACCGACCCACGGACCCUGAAUAAGAGGGUGCAUGUAUACAAUGAAGUGUACACGCGAAACCAAGUCUAUGAUCUGUUGGAAAAUCUAAGCGGAGAGGUGCUCGAGAGGGAUUAUAUAUCAGAAGCAGACGCCAAAGCACGCGUUGAAGAGGCUCGCACUGUCCUCGAACAAAACCCAGCAGAUUUCACGGCAUUUGCCAAACUGUCCACGUCGCAACUGUUCUAUUCUUGGGGAAUUCGUGGAGACAAUACCCCCGAAUAUGCUGAUUAUCUGGGUUAUCUGAGUGGAAAAGACUUGUACCCAGACUUUGAGUAUGCCACAUUGAGAGACUAUGUAGUGGAUGCGCUCGAAGGAAAGGCAAAGGGGGUUUAUCAGAAAUAG